AUGUACAAUGUAUAUAGAAUGAAAAUUGCAUUCCUCAAAAGUAAUCCAGAAACACACAAAAAAAUCAUCAUGACUUUGAAUGAAACCAUCAACCACUACAGAAACAAUAGGAAGGUCCUUUUACUGAUUGUCUACAUUGCGUUAUUUUUGGAUAAUAUGUUAUUAACAACAGUCGUGCCCAUAAUUCCCGAAUAUUUACUGAGAAUUACACAUCCAAAUACGACCGAUCAACUUCUAUACAACAAGCCUGAAGAAGACCACGCUAUUGAAAAGAGACAGAUAGUUUGGGAUGACGAUGCAUGGGAUAUGCCUAUGCCUGGUAGAACCGGAGAAGACAUUCCUUGGGAGGAGAAUCCAUUGGCAAUCCAAAGGAAACCUGAGAAAGGUCGUAAAAAGGCCAAACAGAGAAACAAGGAACCUCCUCGGAAACAGCCUCCAACCGUUCAUACGUUUCAAAAAACCGAGAGACAUGAUAUUCUAGCGAAAGAAAAUGUGCUAGUUGGAAUAAUGUUUGGCUCAAAGGCUUUAGUUCAAUUAGUCACAAAUCCAUGGAUAGGACCGCUAACAAACAAAAUUGGCUACACACUGCCCAUGUUCGCAGGAUUUGUUAUAAUGUUUCUAUCGACGGUACUGUUCGCAUUUGGAUCAUCCUAUGGGACCCUAUGGUUUGCAAGGGCCAUGCAAGGCGUGGGUUCUGCUUGUUCGAGCACUUCCGGUAUGGGUAUGCUAGCCCAAGCUUACCCGGAUGACGCUGAACGAGGAAGUGCAAUGGGAAUUGCCUUGGGUGGUAUAGCCCUUGGAGUGCUGGUAGGACCACCGUACGGAGGAGUUCUCUACCAAUGGGCGGGAAAAGAGCUACCGUUCAUACUUCUCGCUCUUCUAGCCCUUUUUGAUGGAUCUCUGCAGUUUAUUGUACUUCAGCCGAAGGUAGACCGAGGUGAACCGGAAGGUUCGACGAUAAAACAACUAGUCAAAGAUCCUUACAUUAUCGUUGCCGCAGGAGCAAUAACCAUUGGUAAUCUUGGUAUCGCAAUGCUUGAACCGUCACUACCGCUGUGGAUGAUGGAGACUUGGCAGGCUGGCUCACUUGAAAGAGGAGCUGCAUUUCUUCCGGCUUCUGUUUCCUACCUUAUCGGAACGAACAUUUUCGGACCACUGGCCCACAAAAUGGGAAGGUGGCUAUCAGCUUUCAUCGGUCUCAUCGUAAUCGGCUUCUGUCUACUGUCGAUUCCAUCGGCAACCUCUCUCACUGGUCUCAUAUUCCCCAACUUUUUCAUGGGAUUCAGCAUUGGAAUGAUUGAUGCGUCAAUGUUUCCCUUGAUGGGUUAUUUGGUGGACAUUCGACACGUGGGAGUCUAUGGCUCCAUCUACGCAAUUGCGGAUGCAGCUUUCUGUUUCGCGUUCGCACUCGGUCCAUUCUUCUCCGGACCACUCGUAAGAUCUGUUGGAUUCCCUACGAUGAUGUACCUGAUCGCUAUAAUCAAUUUUGCUUACGCUCCACUAAUGUUCCUUCUCCGCAGCCCUCCAGUAAUAAAUCAGGAAACGACGCCAAACUAUGGAGCCGAUCAUGAUGGAAAAUACAUGGGAUCGGAAGUUACUCGGAUGGAAGGAUACCAAUAUGAUUAUUAA